UCUUUCUGAUUAUCACCUGCCAGAAUGGCUGAAGAGAACACAAACCCUCCAUUGUGGGGCUGCUGCCUACCAACACUUUGCUGUUGGCCGUUGUCCAGUGGCCACUUUCUUUGUUGCUCUGGUGUUUGUAAAGACUCCUUCAGCCUUUCCGUGCUUUUAGGGCAGCAGUUUCUUGAAAUCCUUGGCCUGAGAGCUGCGACCCAAGUAGGAGUGAGUGCAAUGGGAGGUGGCCACAGGGCCUGCACCCGGCUCGCCGAGUUUCCGAUCAGUUCAAUCCCAGAUUAGUUCACUGACGGAGAUGCUGCUGAUCCCUUUUGCCGAAUCAGGCCUUGCUGCUGCACCCACGUAACCCUGCAGCCCUCGGCGAGCUGAAUCGGCAGUUGAAAGAUGGAGGUUUUCAUUCAGAGGUUUCAGUGAAUGCCUAGCAAGAAGAACAGAUCAAGAGGCUCCUGAGGAGAAUUCCUCCCAGGGAAUGUUUCCGUCGCUCCCGGGGGGAAGAGCCAAGCCGUCAGAGACUUUGCUUGACUCGAGAAGGCACCGCUAUGUCAACCACAACGCACAGAUUAGGCUAAAAAAUCCCAGCGCUGCCGCUUUCAAGGGCCGUAAACAGGUGGGACCCCGACAGAUAAACCGCUCUCCCAUCAGCAGGUGUCUGGAUGCUCCGCGGCGCACCGUCCUCGGCCGCCCUGUGCUUCCCAAUGGCCGGGAGUUGACCACAAGCACGAGGAUGACGCUGCGCGAGCAGCUGAGAGAGAAGAUCUCGGCGGCCUUUUACCGCCACGGGCUGCUGUGUGCCUCCUACCCAGUACCCAUCAUCCUUUUCACCUCCGCCAGCAUCCUCACCUGCUGCUAUCCGUUGCUGAGGCUUCCUCUGCCUGGCACGGGUCCUGUGGAGUUCACCACUGGGGUGCAAGACUACAGCGUCCCUCCCCAUGAGCCUCUGGGAGACCUGGAACGACCAGACUGGUACCACGGGCCUCCGGUCGCCUACAUCCAGCAGGUGUUGGUGAAGGCAGCCGUGUCUCCGUGGGACGGCAGCCUCGUGCCGGUGGACGUGUUUCGGUCGCCUCUGGGGAAAGUCUUCAGUCUGCUGGAAGAGAUUCGCAACCACGUCCACUCCGAUGGCUCUGGCAUUCGAAGCCUGGAAGCGCUGUGUCUCCAGGUGACAGACUUGUUUCCAGGGUUACGGCGGAUGCAGUCAGUGCUGCCAGAACACGGCUGCCUCCUCGUGUCUCCUGGCAACUACUGGCAGAACCAGCGGGACCUGUUUGACUCGGACUCGGACCUCCUCAAGACUAUUCAGAAACACGAACCGAAAGGACUGCACACCUCAGCGACACUGCGAGACCUGCUGUUUGGCGUCCCUGGAAAGUACACAGGAGUCAGUCAUUACAACAGGAAGAGAGUGGUCACAUACACAAUCACUGUGGUUCUUUCUAACUAUGAUGCAGGCUUUCUGAGUAGCUUACGGACCCGUCUGAAACAGCUUCACCCGUCGGCCAACUGCAGCCUGAGAGACGACCACAUGGUUCACAUCCACUUCAAGGAGGAGAUCGGCAUCGCUGAACUAAUUCCCCUCGUCACCACAUACAUCAUCCUUUUCGCCUAUAUCUACUUCUCCACCCGUAAGAUCGACAUGGUGAAGUCUAAGUGGGGCCUGGCCCUGGCUGCUGUGGUGACAGUCCUCAGCUCCCUGCUCAUGUCUGUGGGCCUGUGUACUCUGUUUGGCCUGACGCCCACGCUGAACGGAGGUGAGAUCUUCCCUUACCUUGUUGUCGUGAUCGGCCUGGAAAAUGUGUUGGUGCUCACCAAGUCUGUGGUUUCCACCCCCGUUGACCUUGAGGUUAAACUUCGAAUUGCUCAGGGCCUUAGUAAUGAGAGCUGGUCUAUCAUGAAGAACAUGGCCACUGAGCUGUGCAUCAUCCUGAUUGGAUAUUUCACUUUGGUGCCAGCUAUCCAGGAGUUUUGUCUUUUCGCUGUCGUGGGGCUCGUUUCUGACUUUUUUCUGCAGAUGUUUUUCUUCACAACAGUCCUGUCUAUAGAUAUUCGCCGUAUGGAGCUGGCUGACCUGAACCGCCGGCUUCCCGCCGAAGCCGGCCUGCCUCCAUCAAAACCGGGACCCCUGCGAACACGUGAGGCCCCUCCUCCGCCUCGGCCCUCCCCUCACACAAUCACUCUGCAGACCCCGGCCUUCAGGAACCUGAGGCUCCCUAAAAGACUGCGUGUUGUGUACUUCCUGGCCCGCACACGCCUGGCCCAGCGCAUCAUCAUGGCUGGUACGGUAAUCUGGAUCGGCAUCCUCGUCUACACGGACCCGGCUGGAAUCCGCACCUACCUGGCCGCGCAGGUGUCCGAGCAGAGCCCCCUGGGGGACUCCGGCGGAGGCGGUUUAAGCCCCCAUCUGGCAGUGGCACCGGUUUUCCGUGGCGGGGAUCCUACCAGCACCCUGAGCAUCCACCGUGCUCCGGCUCCAACUCCCCUACCUGAAAACCAAUCACAAGGUCACCUUGGCCCAGCAGGACCUCUUCCCCAUGCCCCGCCCUCCGUGCCCCAGAUCACCUGGGGGGCCGAAGAUGAGGAAGGAUGGAGGAGAUUGUCUUUUAGACAUUGGCCGUCGCUUUUCAGCUACUACAAUAUAACUUUAGCAAAGAAAUAUAUCAGCCUUCUCCCGGUAAUUCCCGUCACGAUUCACUUGAGCCCCCAGGAGGCCAUUGACACGCGUCACCCUCAGGACACGAGACACCCUCCUCCACCAAUCCCUAAAGUUUCUGCAGAUAUACAGACAGACCUCACCCUCUACAAGGUGGCUGCUUUGGGCCUGGCUGCAGGGGUCCUGCUGGUUCUUCUGCUCUUCUGCCUCUACCGCGUUCUCUGCCCCCGUAACUAUGGCCGAAACGGUGUUGCUCACGGGCGUCGGCGACGAGGCGACCUGCCCUGCGACGAUUACGGUUAUUCUCCACCUGUCAGUGAGAUCUCUCCUCUGCUGCUGAGGGGACACAGUAUGGACAUUGAGUGUUUGGCUAGCGAUGGGAUGUUGCUGGCCAGCUGUUGCUUGGCGGGACAGAUCCGUGUUUGGGAUGCCCAGACUGGUGACUGCCUGACGGUGAUCCCAAAGCAACGAUUAAGACGAUGCAGCAGCAGUGGCUGUUGGGAGCAGCGAGACGUCUGGGACACGAUAACUGCAGAGUCCGACUGUGCCUGUGAAUCUAGAGACCCGAAUCUCGGCUGUGACGGGGUAUCGGAAGACGACUGCUACCCGCUGAGACGUCGCACCGCUCCGACCCGGCCGCCUCUCUUCACCGACCAGCCCGACCUGACUCCGCUCAUCGACACCAACUUUACCUCCCAGCCUCCCUCCAACCUCGCCACGCCACCCAGAGGAGGGUUCGACUUCGGAGGCCUGGUGGAGCGCGCCUACAUGGAGCAUGAGCCUCCGUCGCCGUCUACGUACCCGUCUCCUUCCUCCGCCUCCUCCUCGCCUCCUUCAGCCACAUAUCUCCAGAGGACCCUGAGCCUGGGGGACGCAUCCGGGCCCCCAAAUCAGGCUGUCGGGGCUGGGACGCAGUCCGCUGGAGACUGGGAAAGCUCUGUCUGGGCCAUGGAGCUGAGAGGGAAUCUGAUCGCUGCUGGGAGGAGCAGCGGCAAACUGGAGCUGUGGGAUGCAGUGGAGGGGUCUCUGCGGUGCAGUAAUGAAGAUGGAGUCUCUGGUAUCACUGCGCUGGCGUUUCUUAACAACAGAAUCGUGGCAGCGCGACUGAACGGGUCGUUAGAUUUCUUCACUGUUGAGAUUAACAAACCUCUGGGUUUGCUGCAGUACAGAGGUGCCCCCGGGCGAGGCAGCAUGCCCCCGUCUCCCUGUUACAGCAGCGAGGACCUGAUCAGCUGUCAGCUCACUCGCUCUGUGCAGUGUGCCCACCAGAAGCCGAUCACUGUGCUGCGAGCGGCAGCAGGCAGGGUGGUCACCGGCAGUCAAGACCACACAGUCAGGGUUUAUCGUCUGGAGGACUCCUGCUGCCUUUUUACCCUGCAGGGUCACUCUGGGGGGAUCACAGCCAUCUACAUUGACCAGACGAUGGUUCUAGCGAGCGGUGGGCAGGACGGCGCCAUCUGUCUGUGGGAUGUCCUGACAGGAAGCCGUGUCAGUCAUGUCUACGGUCACCGUGGCGACGUCACCUCCCUUGUCUGCACUACCUCUUGUGUCAUCAGCUCAGGACUGGAUGACCUCAUCUGUAUCUGGGACCGCAGCACUGGCAUCAAACUGUACUCCAUACAGCAGGAGGUUGGCUGUGGGGCCAGUCUUGGCGUGAUCUCAGAGUCUCUGCUGGUGACGGGGGGCCAGGGCUGCGUUUCCUUCUGGGACCUGAACUUCGGCGACUUGCUGCAGACCGUCUACCUGAGCCAGAGCGGCGACGGUCAGGGCGUCCGGCAGCUGCUGGUGCUGGACAACGCCGCCAUCGUCUGCGACUUCGGCAGCGAGCUCAGCCUGGUCUACGUUCCCUCAGUGCUGGAGAAACUGGACUGAGGAAGAUAGGCAGCUGGCACCGGGUGGGAAACACUCACUCAGCUCUAUCAUCUUACUUUUUUUUUUCAUAUCAAUUAUGAGACGUUCAGAUGUUGAGAAAGGAAAAAACUAUCUUAAGGGUCAUGGGAUAUGAAAUCAAAUCCAUCAUUCCCCAUCUUUUUGUUCAUUUUAAGUGCGAGCUUGUGCGUUUGCGUCGUUGCUCUGCCCUGGAUGCUGCUGACUUGGAUGGGACUUUCUGUGAUCCGACCCUCUGAAUGAGGAAGAUGGAGCAGUUUCAUUUUUGUCUGUUGUUUUUGUUUUGUUUUUUCUAUUCCUGCUGUGCCGUUUCACUUGACAGGAAAAUGAAGUCACAGUUCUGCAGCCUGUUGGGAUGAACAGAGUUAUGCGAGAGUGUUUUUGUGUGUGUGUGUAUGAAACCUAAUCCAAGCCUUUUUUUUUUCCCCCAAGCAAACAUCUUCUGAAAGGUAGAACUGAAUUGUGAGGAAGUGUGUGUGGGCAUGUGUGUGUCUGUGUGAGUGAGUCGUGUUGGGGGGAGAACUGGUGAUUACUGUAAAAAGUAAACCUCCGGUGGGGGAUGUUUUUAUAUGUAUAAAUCUAUUAUUUAUUAGCAAUAUGUUUUUAAGUAACAGUUUGUUUGUGAGUGGCUAAUCCCAACUCUUAAACUUCAAUGUUAAGUGGAAAUGAUGAUGACUUUAAAUGUAGGAAGGUGUUUGUUUGGCAGCGUUGAGCCAACUUUUUAAACCGGCCGCUUUUAAUAUUAAGCUGGAAAGUGUUGGAGGCGUUGAGUCCAAACUGCCUCUGAGUCCUGCGUGAGUGGGCGGGGCUAGGGGCGGGGUCUGAUUCACGCUACUCCUUCAUCAGGCUACCUCCAUUCUUGAAUUUUGUUGACUGAUGAUUUUGUGCACAAGUUCUCACCUCCUUCUUUACGCUUGUCGCCUUCUGAGGUUAUUUUUCCAAAUCAUUUUCUUUUGUCCAGACUUCCAAACCCAAAGUAAACCUCAGUAACUUUAUCAUUUUCCUUCCCAAUAGUAGUAUAAAAGAAAACAUGAAAUUUUGGUCAUUUUUUUUAGGUUCCCAUGAACUAAAUUAUUGCCAUGCACUGGGACGUUGUUACUGAAGGAAGUUAACUAUUUUUGUAUCAGUAAAGUGUUUAAAAAUGAAGCCUAGAAAGUGGAAGAAGCAAUUUAACAGGAAUUAUGGUUCAUUCAGACUGCAAGACUCUAAUGAAAGUUAAAGAAGCUGGAUCUGGAAAUGUUGGCAGGCUCUUUAGCAGAGUGGAGGUAAGGUUUUACCUUUACCAGUGAAAGUGAUGUGCAAAGCGCAUUAAUCUCUAAAAUGGUUUAAAAAUGCCAAGCUCUGUAAUGUAAUUCCUGCAUCAGAAAUGCUCAGUUUAAAGUUGCUUCCACUCAUGGCGGAAGACUAGAGUAAAAUAUUUCAAAAUGUUAAUUAUAGCAGAAUAGCAAUUUGAGGCAAAGUUUUACAGUCUGACCAGUGCAUCUCUACUAAAAACUAAACUUCUUUAGAGUUAGGAGUGUUGCUGUGAGAGGCAGUCAGACAUUAGAGAGAUUAAGCUGUAUAAGAAUGUAACUGAACCCUGGGUACUUUUCCAAGUUGCAUUCUUUGAAUUGCCUGCAGAUUUACAGAUCAGGAAAACGCUUUCAUUAGACCAAAAAGAAAAAAAAAAUCUGUAUUUUUGUUUCCGAUUUCUAAAACUCAGCAACUUCUAUUGACCGUUUUUAACUCAGAAGCAUUCAUUUGACUGAAUAAAAGGAAUCGAAGUUAUCUUCCCUGAUCUCCUCACUUGCGGUUUAGAAAACUGUUGAGAAUGUAAUCCACCUCAUCACAUGAUUGACUUUUUCCCCCCCCAAGCAAAGAAAAUCCGGAAUGUAUUUUCUCCAUCUUCCCAGCUACAGUUUGUUUUUUCUUCUGAAUGUAGCCUCAGGUUAGCCACGUUAUUCCCUCACAACAUGAGCUGAGUGCACUACUAACUGACUCUGUUUGAUAUGUUCACACAUUUUAAUGCACUUUUUGCUAAAAUCAGCUUCCAGUUAGGAGAGGUGGGUGCGUUUAGGCUCCCACACAACAUCUGCAGCACUGGUAACACAUGCUGUGGUUUCUCUGGGACGCAGCCAACGUGUUAUGAGAACUCGGGUUUUCUAAUUAUGAUUCAAACAAGCAGUCAAAUUGCACCUGCAUCCCACAGAAACCAGGCCAUGUUGCCACCUUGUCCGUUUGUUUCCUGCUGUCUAGUCGAGAAAAGCUUUGGAAUUACAUUUGUGUAGUUUUUGUUUUUUUAUAUUAUUUUCUAACUAUUUUUCCUUCUAGAAAUGUGAAUGAGUUAAAGCUGACGUUUGGCAUUUUAGAAAAUAUAAAUGUUCCUAAGUGCUGAGAACAGAAUAUUUAAAUCCAGGUAGGACGACGGCGCAAAGCACAAAAAAUAAUCUGAAGUAAAGUCUUCCUUAAGGGAUAAAUCUACCCUCUGGAGAUUUUUUUUAUUGCUGCUAAAUAUUAGAAAAACGUGACUGAUAAUGAAAUUAUACAAGGAUUAGGGCCACUGACUCUGCCUUUCUUUACUCUGAAUUUGAGAAACAAAUCAGAACUCUCGACUUUAAUCUGGAAAAAAAAAACACUUAGCCAAAAAAGGAAGAAUUAACUUUUUGAUAGAGACUAUUUUGACUUUUAUAUCUACUUUGACAUUUUUCUGUUCAAAUUCCUUUUUUUUCUCAAUUAGAGAAACGAGUAAGAAUUUUGGCUUUAAUCUCAAACCUUAUUAUUAGAGAGCCCUCCAGCUAAAAAUACUGAUUAAAAAAGUAAAAAAAACUUUUUUGUCUGUCUCAAUUUUAACGGAAUAUCCUCCACCCCAAAAUUCAGUGGUUCUAAUCGUUUUCCGUAAAACGAUCACGGGCGUUGAACCCACAUUUUUCUCACUCUUCCUUGUCUCUCAAUCGUCCUUUGUUCCAUUCCAUUGGUUAAUCAUAGUACAGAGUGUGGUAGGUAGCUAUUAAAAAUUGUUUGAUAAAUAUUUAUAUUUACCAAAAUGCCAAA